UUCCCGUACCUUUUCCUGUCAGUGAGACGCAUCAAAAUAAAGGCGAUUGUUCUCUUACAAAAUUCUACUCAGCGAUUUGCUUUUCGUGACAUGGCCACGGCGAGCCAAGGGUCGACUAGCGACUCGGACGACGAUGAAGGUGGAGAUAUGGACUGGUAUUAUCGCGAUGACGACACAGACGUUGAUCACUGGGAUCCGAGGAAGACCGACCGAGAGUACUUUGACUAUGAGCUGCUACAGAUAGAGGAUGUGGAAUGCCUGCUCAACGAGAGCGUAGAGGCUCUCAGCGCAAGCUCAAACAUUUCUCCAUCGCUGGCGAAGGUUCUGCUGCAUCAGCAACAGUGGAAGCUGCAGGAUGUCAUCGACAGCUUCCACAAGGAUCCGAGCCGUCUCCUCAUCGACUCCCGAGUGAAACCCUCGCGCUCCACGGCUCACGGCCAACCCGCAGCGGCUGGUCGGUUCGGCGGAAUCGAGUGCAUGGCCAAGGACUGCAACCUGCUAGUACCGGAGGACUUUGUCCUUGACACGGUGCUGAAGCCUGAGAUGAGGGAGAAGUACCAGCAGUACGCAUUCAACGACUACGUAGAGAGCCAUCCAGAGUUGAGAUUCUGUCCCGGACCGAAUUGCACGGUUGUGGCGCGUGCCAAGGACCUCCAUGCCCGCAGGGUCAUAUGCAAGCAGUGCAAGAAUUCAUUCUGUUUCAGAUGCGGCAUCGACUACCACUGCCCGACGGGCUGUGACACGAUCAAACGCUGGAUCACCAAGUGCGCAGACGAUUCCGAGACGGCGAACUACAUAUCUGCUCACACCAAAGACUGUCCGAAAUGCCAUAUAUGCAUCGAGAAGAAUGGAGGGUGCAAUCAUAUGCAAUGCUCAAAAUGCAAGCAUGAUUUUUGCUGGAUGUGCCUAGGGGAUUGGAAGACACAUGGCAGUGAGUACUAUGAGUGUAGUCGCUUCAAGGAGAACCCGAACAUAGCGAACGAGACCGUACAUGUGCAGGCACGCGAGGCACUCAAGAAAUACCUGCACUACUUUGAGAGGUGCCGCUACACGUUACAGUACACCUACCCGUAUGCUUACUACAUGGUAAACAGCGGUCAUCGGAAGGAGCUGGUCGAACGCCAUCUCGCCCUCUACUCUCUGGACGCCACGGGCGUCAACGCCUCUCGUCCAUUUAUCUCCACCUCAUGCUAUCCUCGUGGUGUGGACUUUGUUUAUUGCACCUCGCUUGACCUCGUGGAUAUGUGUGAAGAUGAUAUUGCCAGCGUUUCUGCUAGUGAUGUAGCGCGCGCCAUCACUUGCCGGUUACGUGGCAGCUGUCCUUGUAGCUGUCGCCACUUGGAGGGGCCGGGUACGAGUACAAUUUACACCUCUGGAGUGCUGCAGAGAGAUUCACAAGAGAGUGCUCAUUUUUCGUUAAGCACGCGUCCACAUGGAGGGUUCGAGCUCGUGCUGCAUGACGUGAAGCGUAUUCGGGAAUGUUCGUCGUGGUGCCUGCUGGAUGGAACUCAUCCGAGGAACAACUCUCGACGAAAGCAAUACGAGGCGCACGGUGGAGCAAGCUGA